CACUGUUGCUCGGCUCGGGGCACACACAGUGGUUGGUGCCCAGACCUGUUCUCACGUUAUUUCAUUACCAUUAGAAAGUAUGAUAUGGAAAGUGAUUAUAUAUUAGUGUAUGACAAUUUUAUCUCGAGUUGUCGUUUAUAUAUAAGGGAAUCGCAGUGUAAUGUGAGUGAUAGUGGUUAAUAAGGAAUGUUAAGAAGAGUAAGAACAUAUCUAACAGAAGUAAUAAGUCGUAUUUCAUCAGCGUUGUUGUACCUCUUAUUUGGUCAAGCUUUUGGUACAUUACCUUACUGGUUCUUCAUCCGAGAGGUGGAACAAGUGUUUAUGGAUGACCAAGAUACACAUGAAGCAUUGCCAGAGUCUCCAGCAACCUUAACCAACCUUUCUACAUGCACAAAAAUCGUGACAGACAGGAUGGAGCAAAUAAACGUUCGAUCUCCAGAUCAAAUUGAGUUUAUUGUUGCCACCCCUCAGGAAUUUGUUAGAAAGUUUGGAGGCAAGAAGGUUAUAACAAGAAUCCUCAUUGCAAACAAUGGCAUUGCUGCUGUUAAGUGUAUGCGUAGCAUCCGCAAAUGGGCAUAUGAGGUGUUCAGAAAUGAUCGGGCCUUUCACUUCAUUGGUAUGGUUACCCCAGAAGAUCUUAAAGCUGGAGCCGAGUAUAUCAAAUUAGCAGAUACAACUGUGUGGGUGCCUGGAGGUGCAAAUAACAAUAAUUAUGCCAACGUGAAACUUAUUCUUGAUAUUGCUACUCGGUAUGAAGCAGAUGGUGUGUGGGCAGGUUGGGGUCAUGCCUCAGAAUACCCUGAAUUACCAGCGAAGUUACAUAAGAAUGGCAUUGCAUUUAUUGGUCCACCGGAAAAGGCCAUGUGGGCAUUAGGAGACAAAAUUGCAUCCAACAUAGUUGCUCAAACAGCAGACAUACCAACUUUACCAUGGUCUGGAUCAGGUCUUAUAGCUGAGUAUACAGAAAGUGACUCUGGUCCCAGAUUAAAAAUUCCUCAUGAUUUAUACAAGAAUGGAUGUGUUGAAACUGUAGAAGAAGCUCUCACCUCGGCAAAGAAAAUUGGAUUCCCUGUCAUGAUAAAAGCCUCAGAGGGUGGCGGAGGAAAGGGUAUUCGUAAGGCUGAAUCAGAGGACUACUUUCCAGCACUCUUCAGACAGGUACAAGCAGAAGUUCCUGGUUCUCCCAUCUUCAUCAUGAAACUGGCUGAGUGUGCUCGUCAUUUGGAGGUGCAGAUCAUUGCUGAUGUGUAUGGGAACGCAGUGUCAUUGUUUGGCCGAGAUUGUUCUGUACAGAGACGACAUCAAAAGAUCAUUGAAGAAGCACCAUGUGUGAUUGCAAAUCCAGAAGUCUUCCAUAAGAUGGAACAGGCUGCAGUUAAAUUAGCAAAAUUAGUGGGGUACGUUAAUGCUGGUACAGUUGAAUACCUGUAUGACAAUGAGGGAAACUUUUUUUUUUUGGAACUGAAUCCACGCCUUCAAGUAGAGCAUCCUUGUACAGAGAUGAUUACAGAUAUAAAUUUGCCAGCAGCACAACUACAGGUUGCAAUGGGCAUCCCAAUGCAUCGAAUUCGUUGUGUGCGAAUCCUGUAUGGGGAGUCUCCUUGGGGUGAUAAUGUAAUUGACUUUGAACAGGCCAAAAAUAAACCUGUGCCAAAAGGUCACUGUAUUGCUGCUCGCAUCAACAGUGAAAAUCCUGAUGAAGGUUUCAAGCCAAGCUCAGGGACAGUGCAGGAAUUGAAUUUUCGAUCAAGCAAAAAUGUGUGGGGGUACUUCAGUGUGUCUGCUUCAGGAGGACUUCAUGAGUAUGCCGACUCACAGUUCGGUCAUUGCUUCUCUUGGGGAGAAAACAGAGAAGCAGCCAGAAAAAAUUUGGUGAUUUGUCUGAAGGAGCUUUCCAUUCGAGGAGAUUUCCGAACAACUGUGGAGUACUUAAUUACACUGCUUGAGACAGAAACAUUCCAGAUAAAUUCUAUUGACACAGGUUGGUUGGAUCACUUAAUAGCAUCUCAAGUGAAAGGCAAGAAACCAGAUACCAUGCUAGCUGUGAUGUGUGCAUCUGUCAUUAUUGCUGACAAUGCUAUACAAGAUGCUUAUAAUCAUUUCCACAACUCGCUUGAAAAGGGACAGAGUCUACCACUGAAGUCUCUGAAUAAUGUGGUGGAGGUUGACCUUAUAUCAGCAGGCACUAAAUACCAUAUCCAGGCAACAAAAUCAGGUCCUACACAGUACUUCCUUGUGCUUAAUGACACUCACAAAUCUGUAGAUUUCUUUCGCAUGAGUGAUUGUGGCCUGCUGCUGUCUGUUGAUGGUGUCAGCUAUGUCACGUACCUCAAGGAUGAAGUGGAUAAGUACUGCCUUACCAUUGGCCACCAGACUUGUGUGUUUGAGAAGGAAAGUGAUCCAACAACCUUGCGUACUUCAGCUCCAGGCAAACUUAUAAAUUACCUGCAGGAGGAUGGGAGUCAUUUGUUUGUAGGACAGCCAUUUGCUGAAAUUGAGAGCAUGAAAAUGGUGAUGGCUUUGACUGUGACAGAGUCUGGGUGUGUGUACCAUUUGAAGCGACCUGGGGCAGUCCUGAGUGCUGGAGAUACUAUUGCAAGAAUGGAUCUUGAUGACCCAUCUAUUGUUACAAAAGCACAGCUUUUCACAGAGGGAUUUCCCCCAAGCAAAACACCACUACCAAGGGAGGAUGAAAAACUUAACCAUAUAUACCAAACACGAAGAGCAAUUCUGGACAAUGUUCUCAAUGGAUACUGCCUACCAGAUGACUUCUUCGCUCCUAUGGUGAAGCUUACUGUUCAAAAGGUGAUGAGUGUGUUGCGAGACCCCAACCUUCCACUCCUUGAACUGCAGGAAGUUAUCUCCUCUGUCAGUGGAAGGAUACCUCAAGCUGUAGAAAAGAAAAUACGAAAGUACAUGAUGAUAUAUGGCAGCAAUGUGACAUCCAUGUUGGCACAGUUCCCUUCACAAGAGAUAGCAAGUGCUGUUGACAGUCAUGCUGCAUCUCUGCAGAAGAAGGACCGUGAUGUAUUCUUUGUAACAACACAGGUAUUAGUUCAGCUUUGCCAACGCUACAAAAAAGGAAGUCGUGGCCGUAUGACACAAGUUGUACAGGAACUGCUAAAGCACUAUCUACAAGUUGAGACACAGUUCCAGCAUGGAUCUUAUGACAAGUGUGUUCAUGCUCUUCGAGAAAAAUACAAGGAGGAUGUGACCAGUGUACUUUCUACCCUCAUCUCACACUCACAAGUUGCAAAGAAAAACCAGAUGGUGAUUCUACUCAUAGAGCAUCUCUGUGGUCAUGAACCUGGUUUGACAGAUGACCUGUCAUCCAUCCUGGAACAACUCACCAAACUCAACAGCAGUGAGCAUUCUCGGGUUGCUCUACGGGCACGUCAGGUGCUAAUUGCAGCUAACCAGCCAGCAUAUGAACUACGCUACAACCAGAUGGAAUCCAUCUUUCUUCCAGCAAUAGACAUGUAUGGUCAUUCCUUCCAUCCUGAAAAUUUGCAGAAGCUGAUCCUGUCAGAAACUUCAAUCUUUGAUGUGUUACAUGCUUUCUUCUAUCAUACCAACAUGGCUGUUAGAAUGGCUAGUUUAGAGGUUUAUGUUCGUCGUGCUUACAUCAGCUAUGAACUGACGUGUUUACAGCACAAAGAACUGCACGGAGGAGUGUGUGUUGUGUUCUUCAAAUUUUUACUUCCUUCUUCACAUCCCAAUAGAAUACCUCACAACAAGAUGUGGAGUACAUUGGAGUAUACUGACCCACACCAUACCCCCAUUGACCCACCAGCCAAUUUGGAAAACUGUCAACGCAUGGGAAUUAUGGCUACCUUUAAGAACUUUGGAGAUUUUGAGAUCUACUUCAGUGACUUAAUGAAUUUCUUCCAACCUUGUGAUCUUGGAGGACUGGAGGGAGAGAUGAGUCCCCAGGAACUCCUGAGUGGUUCUAUCAAGCUUGGAUCCUCAUUCAAGGACUUCAUGUCUGAAACUCAGGAAACCAUAGACCCAAUACAUAUUAUGAAUAUUGGUAUACGCAUGGAAGAAGAGAACAACGAUUCCGAGCUAAGUGAACAGUUUUCAGUUUUCUGUGCCAGCAAGAAGAAGGAGUUCCAUGAAGCAGGCAUCCGGCGCAUUACCAUGGUGGUUUUCUACAAGCAACAAUUCCCAAGAUACUUCACAUACAGACCAAUGCAUCUGUUGAAACACAUUGCCAAACCCAUUGAUUCAAGGUCAAGGGAUGAAUUCCAAGAGGACCGAAUAUACCGCCAUCUAGAACCUGCACUUGCUUUCCAACUGGAGAUCAACCGUUUGCGGACAUAUGACCUGGAAGCGCUUCCAACUUCAAACCGGAAGAUGCAUUUAUAUCUAGCUAAGGCUAAGGUUGCUGACGGUCAGGAGGUAACAGACUUCCGCUUUUUCAUUCGAUCAAUUAUCCGCCACUCGGAUCUGAUCACCAAGGAGGCUUCUUUUGAGUAUUUGGAGAAGGAAGGAGAGAAACUUUUGUUAGAGGCAAUGGAUGAACUAGAGGUUGCAUUUUCCCACACCUUGGCAAAACGAACUGAUUGUAACCAUGUCUUCUUAAAUUUCGUCCCAACAGUCAUAAUGAACCCCUCAAAGAUUGAAGAUUCAAUACGGUCUAUUGUGAAUCGGUACGGACGUCGACUUUGGAGUUUACGUGUCCUGCAAGCUGAAAUUAAGAUGACAAUUCGCCAGACCCCCCAAAGCAAGACCAUCCCCAUCCGACUGACCCUCUCCAAUGAAUCGGGAUACUACUUGGAUAUGCACUUGUAUCGUGAGGUUACAGAUAAGCUUACUGGGCAGGUGAAAUUUUCGGAAUAUGAGACUGAUGUCACUCACCGGUCUCCAUGUCACACCGCAUCAUUCAACACAUGGCGCCGCUACUCUUCCCCUGCCCGGGGGGUUUUCACGAUUAAAUUUGAAGGAUUUGGUGCCCGUCAAGGACCUCUGCAUGGCUUGCCGAUUUCCACACCAUAUAUGACGAAAGACUACUUGCAACUGAAGAGGUUCCAAGCUCAAACCAAUGGAACAACUUAUGUUUAUGACUUCCCUGAGAUGUUCCGUCAAGCCCUUGAAAGAGUGUGGGAAGAGCAUCUUAUGGAGAGAGGUGGGGGAAAUGUUCCCAGUCACCUUAUGAACUUGGUGGAGUUGGUCUUGGACCAGGAUGAUCAACUUGUGGAGGAGAAGAGGCUACCUGGUGAGAACAAUGAUGGAUGUAGUGGUAAAAAGAGAAGAGUUUUCAGAAGCACUAACUACAGUGGAAGGCUCUGGAGUGGCCCUGAGGGCUCCCUUCGCAGGGAAGAGAUUGGCAUGGUUGCCUGGCGCAUGACACUACACACCCCAGAGUACUCAGAUGGUCGUGACAUCAUCAUUAUAUGCAAUGACAUAACGUACCAGAUUGGCUCUUUUGGUCCACGGGAGGAUAUACUUUUCCUUAAAGCAUCACAACUUGCAAGACGACUCAAGAUACCAAGGAUCUACAUCGCAGCCAACUCUGGUGCUCGUAUUGGUCUAGCGGAGGAAAUAAAACACAUGUUUAAGGUGGCUUGGGAGGAUCCAUCAGAACCAGAUAAAGGAUUCAAAUACCUCUAUCUUAAACCAGAAGAUUACAAGAAGGUGUCCACUCUAGAUUCUAUUCAUUCCGAGUUGAUUGACGACAAUGGUGAAGCCCGUUACAAGAUCAACCACAUUAUUGGCAAGGAUGAUGGCUUAGGUGUUGAAAACCUCCAACACUCUGGGAUGAUUGCUGGAGAAACUUCUCAGGCCUAUCGUGAAAUUGUUACAUACUCUAUGGUUACAUGCCGAGCUAUAGGCAUUGGAGCUUACUUAGUGCGGCUGGGACAAAGAGUAGUGCAAGUGGAAUCCUCACACAUUAUUCUGACUGGGUAUAGUGCACUCAACAAGCUGCUUGGACGUGAGGUUUAUAGUAGCAAUUCUCAGUUAGGCGGUGUACAGAUCAUGCACAAGAAUGGUAUAUCACAUGAUGUUGCUCCUAAUGACUUGGAAGGCAUUCAUACUAUGCUCAGAUGGCUCUCCUAUGUUCCCAAGACAAAAGAAUCUCCAUUGCCCAUAAUGGAACCUAUUGAUCCAGUGGAUCGAAAGGUGACCUUCACGCCAGGUCGGGCAUCAUAUGAUCCCCGAUGGUUGGUUAAUGGCCGACAAUCACCAUCCAAUCCAAGUGAAUGGGAAAGUGGUUUCUUUGAUAAAAAUUCUUUCCAGGAAAUACUAGAGCCCUGGGCCCAAACUGUAAUUUGUGGCCGAGCACGGCUAGGUGGCAUACCUGUAGGUGUCAUUUGUGUGGAAACCCGAACUGUGGAAUUUAAUCUUCUGGCAGACCCUGCAAAUUUAGACUCGGAGGCCAAGACUGUCUCUCAAGCUGGCCAAGUUUGGUUCCCAGAUUCAGCUUACAAAACAUCACAAGCAAUCCGGGAUCUCAAUCAUGAAAGUCUUCCUCUCAUUAUCUUUGCAAACUGGAGGGGAUUUUCUGGCGGGAUGAAAGACAUGUAUGAACAAGUUAUCAAAUUUGGUGCUUACAUCGUUGAUGCACUAAGAGAGUAUAACCAACCCAUACUGGUUUAUAUACCUCCCUCGCUGAGCUGCGUGGUGGUGCCUGGGUAGUAAUUGACUCUACCAUUAAUGAAAGAUACAUGGAGAUGUAUGCUGAUCCCCUUUCUAGAGGGGGCGUCUUAGAACCUGAGGGACUGGAGAUAAAGUUCAAGAAGAAGGAUAUUGUGAAAGCAAUGUCACGAUUGGAUUCUACCAUCCAAAUACUGAACCAGUCUCUGAAUGAGCCAGACCUUCCACCAGAACAACAGG